CUUUCUUGAGGAAGUACUAAAGAGAGAUGGCAUCAGAGCUGGAAUUAAACUUUACAGAAGAUGCCCACCUCACAGAAUGCAUGCGCAUACGAGCCGAGACCCUUCAGCAAAAGAAUGAAAAGCCCCAAGAAGGUGAAAAGCUACUGAGAGCCAAUGAAUACAUUUACCGAUUAGACUUUACCAAACAGAAGCUAAAGUUCCUUUGGUGGAAAGUCCACUUUCAAUCACCAGGCAAACUCAUUGUAACUGGGACCUCACAGCAUUGGACACCAGACCUCACCAACCUUAUGAACCGGCAGCUCCUAGAGCCCUCUGCUAUAUUCUGGAACAAAUCUAAUGAGAAUGAGGCUGAUUGCUAUGAAGCAGAUGCCCAGGAAUUUGGUGAAAGGAUUUCUGAGCAUGCCAAAAUCCGUAAAGUUAUGUACUUCCUUUUUACCUUCUCAGAGGGUAUUAACCCAUCGAACAUUACAUGUUCUAUUGGGUUCAAAGCCUAAGUCAUUCCUUUCCAAUUUAAAUACGUGAUUUGUGUUAUAAAGUAUCAACAAUGGAAUUUCAACCAAAUUAAACACAUAUUGUCUU